AUGCAUCUGAGUGUGGACGCGACUGGUAAAUGCCUACUCGUGGCGAAUUACGGUGGUGGAAGCGUUGCGGCUUUCCCCAUAGCAUCAGAUGGCAGGCUCGGUGAAGCCUCCGAUUUUGUGCAACAUCAGGGAUCCAGCAUCAAUCCGCAACGGCAGAUGGAACCUCACGCGCAUUCGAUUAUGAUCGACCCGGGCAAUCGUUAUGCCUUCGCACCUGAUUUGGGACUUGAUAAAGUUCUCAUCUAUCAAUUGGAUGCGGAAAACGGAACGCUCACGCCUAACACGCAACCGUGGGUACGCGUGCAACCGAGCGCGGGACCGCGGCAUUUCGAUUUCCAUCCGAAUGGACAGUACGCAUACGUGAUUAACGAGAUAGAUUCUACUUUCACAGCUUUUCGGUACGAUGCGAGCGCGGGAACGCUGGCUGAAUUCCAGACAGUCUCGACGCUUCCCGAGGAUUUCGAUGGCACCAGUCAUUGUGCCGAUAUCCACGUUCAUCCUUCUGGGAAAUUCUUGUACGGGUCGAACCGGGGACAUGAUAGCAUCGCGAUUUGCACGAUUGAUUCAGAGACGGGCAUGCUGAGUCCCAUCGGUUAUGAGUCAACGCAAGGACAAGCACCGCGGAACUUCGGGUUGAAUCCAGAAGGGACGUUCCUCUUUGCCGCUAACCAGCAAACGGAUACGGUUGUCACGUUCGCGAUUGAUGCUGAAACCGGUGAAUUAAAUGCGACAGGAGACGUAGCAGAGGUGCCGACACCGGUCUGUUUGAAGAUGCUACCGUGUGCUUAG